AGACGCAUGAGAGUCACCAUGUUUGGUUUGUUCUGGCAAUUUUCUUCUUCUCUAGUUUUUUUACUGUGAUAGACGUGCGUUUGUGGCACACUGCCCCCUGCAGUUUGGGAGGAGACACCGCCUGGAGGAUAAAAGCACCACGCGGACUCUCGUGCCGACUCCACGCGUCUGUUUUCCACUGGUCACAUUUGUGCGGCGAGCAUUAACCAGCCUUUAGAGUCCUUUCCUCUGCUUUCACCUCCUGAACCCUGUGAACCCAGUACUGGACUAAAGCUUCACUCUGCUUUAGACCAUCCAACCCCCCUGGACCCCCCAAACCCCCACAUAAAACCUCCUCCCUCUGGUCCUGGACCACUCUCCAGCCUUAUCUGUGAGUCCACAGUAUCUGUGUGACCCCGGUCCUGGUCCUGGUCUCCUAUCUGGGUCUGGGUGCUUCUAUUUCGGUCUCCUUCCAUCUUUGGUCUGCGGUCUCCUGGCUCCUCCUCGUCCCCUCCCUCCUCCGGUCCUUAUAAAACCCCUGGACUCUUCGUCUGUCUAUCACUCAUUCCUCAUCAUGCCCGCAAAGAAAGUGGAACCCAAGAAGCCGGAACCCAAGAAGCCGGAACCCAAGAAGGAGGAGCCUCCUCCUUCCAAAGCUCCGGAGCCGGAGCCCAAACCUGCGGAGGUCGACUUGAAGAGCAUCGUCAUCGAGUUCAGCGCCGAUCAGGUGGAGGAGUUCCGCGACGCCUUCACGCUGUUCGACGAGACUCCCGCUGGUGAGAUGAAGAUCACGUACGCGCAGUGUGGCGACGUCAUGCGCGCUCUGGGUCACAACCCGACCAACGACGAGGUUCUGAAGCUGCUGGGCCGGCCCAAGGCGGAGGAGCUGCAGGUCAAACUGCUGGACUUCGACUCCUUCCUGCCCAUGCUGCAGCAUGUGGCCCGCUCCAAAGAACAGGGACACUUCGAGGACUUUGUGGAAGGACUGCGAGUGUUCGACAAGGAGGGCAACGGCACCGUCAUGGGGGCGGAGCUACGCCACGUCCUGGCCACACUGGGCGAGAAGAUGACGGAGGACGAGGUGGACCGGCUGAUGGCCGGACAGGAGGAUGCCAACGGACACGUCAACUACACCGAGUUCGUCAAACACAUCCUGGCCGGAUAGAAGACGGACGGGCGGAAAGACAGAUGGACGGAUGGACAGACGGUGUCCACUGCAGCAGCUGAUUCUGAGAAGGACAACAACAAUAAUAAUAAUUAAAGCUGCAAGCAGCAUUGGGCGGGACCUC